AUGUUUGACCAAGACCUUUUAAAAGACAUUGACCUCAGUAAAGGAGAAGGUAGACUACAUGAAUGUGGUUUGUCUAUUGAUAAUCCUGGUGACAAUUUGUUGUUAAGACCACUAUGCAGUGAUGAUUAUGAAAAAGGUAAAUGUUGUUUUUUUCAUGACUCUGAUCUACAGGUCCUGUUCACACAAUGCAAAAUUUUGUUUGUUUUGCAGAAAAAACUGUCAACAGGAAGCCAUUUCUAGUGUGAAUGAUUUUUUCCACCCGCCAAAAUUUUCUGAAUUGCUACCUAAAUAAUUUCAGAGAUGCCGUUGAGAACAUGACCAGAUGCGAACAAGGUUGCAAGAACAAAAUUACAAAAUUUUCAAUUUUUUUGCAACCUUCAGUGCGAACAGGGUCUAAAUCAGAAUUUAUGCACUUAUCAAUGUUGUGACCUGUCUUAUCUUCCCGACCCUCUUAGCCCAAAUUUCAUCCGAUACAGUCAUUUUCUCCUCUCAGCAACAUCAUUACUUCUGUGCUAGCAAAGGUCUCUCACGACAAGGCAAAAAUAAGAGGAAGGAGAGAGACUCUCCUUCCUCUCAUUUUUGCCUUGUAGUGAGAGACCUCUGCUAGCAGGGAACAUCGUUGCUGUGGGAGUUAUAAGGACUCAAAGUAAUCGGAUGAAAUUCAGGCUACCACUCACUCCCCAUCUGACUUGGAACAUGUAUUUAGUAUUGUAAUGAUAACUGAUAACAAUAUUGCCUGAUUCUCAAAUGCUCAGACGACCUGAUACAGGGUAAAAGACCGUGGUCCUUGUUGAGGUUGGGACCAGACUUAAAAUUAAACCAUUAGUAAUGGCCACCUCUCCACAGAUGCUUCUCUUUAAAUGGGACAAGAAAUUUCUGUCCCUUCAGAUGUAUAUUGGAUAAAAGAUAGUGCCCUAUUACAUGUAUGUCAUGCAAGGACAAAUAUUAUAUUGACUACGUUGUUUUUUCUAUUUUAGAAAGCCAAUUAUUAUUUUUAAUUUAACUUAAUUUCUUUACAAUGGUUACAGCAGCAUACCUCAGUCCCUAAAUGGCCACUUUUUUGUUCCCUUGUGAUGCAUUAGGCUCCAAUCCUCAAGAGGGACCACAGUCUUGAAUUUCAAGCUUUGCCUGGGAACAUUAUUCUUAUAGCGCUAAUUAUUUUAUCUGAGAUCAUUUGACAAAAAUUGAUUUGUUGAGGAAAGUGCUGUAUUUGUUCCAAAAGGUUGUACAUGAUGUUAAGCAUUUUUUUGGACAGAGAGGAAAAUUGUUGUGGAUGACUCAGAUUUUAUAUUUUUUCCCCAGGUUUUCCAGCAAUUCAAAACGACCUUGCUAAAGUUGGAGAUGUCACAAAGGACCUCUUUCUGAGUAAGAAAUGAAAUUCUUAGAUAGACCCUUGUAGUGCAGCUCAUUUUUUUCCCCCAGGAUUAAGUUAAUUUUGAAGAGUUUUGUUAUUUAGGUAAAUAAUUUGUUUAGCUUUUAGUGUCAACCAAUUACAGUCAUUACUGGUAGAGUGGAUAAUUAUUGUCAUCUUGAUUACUGAAAACCCAAAUUUCCCCCUUUUCGUAAGGGCGCUGAGGAGCCCUUUUAAUAGGCGCCAGAUUCAUCAUGACAUCAUUGUUUACAUGUUUGCUCAUUACAAUACCAGUUAACCCAUAGAAGAUGUAGCUGUUUAUACCAGUUAGGCGCAAAAAUUAAAAGAGCUGGUUUAUUUAUGCAGUUUGUGAAAGUUUCAGCUUUUUGCAAUCAGUUACAAAGAAAAUAACAGCAAUUAAAAACUGCAAAAUUACUAGGGUGGCAAAACGUUAAUGAGCUCAUACAUUCUUUGUAAAUUCUGGGGUUUUUCAAAGAGACUUUCUCUGAAACUAUUUGGUAUAUCGAGCUCAAAAUUUCAAAGAUAACUGAAAUUUAGUGUUAUGCUCUUUUAAUAUUCAGAAAUUUCAUUUUAUUAGCAUCAUAAUAAUGAAAACCCUAUAUGCUAAUGAGGCAAAAAUGUAAACAAGGAUUCGGUUAUACCAGGAGUAUCACUCUUGGGUGAUCAUUUCAUUAAUUUCUAUUGUCAUUUAAAACUUUAAGGAAAGGAAUAAUUCAAAGUGGCUAGCAAAUUAAAUCCAGGUUUUCAAUACCCUAGUUACACACAAAACUUGACAUCAGUAAAUACUGGUACUGUACUCAGUUAUUUACUGCAGAGGUCUUAUAUAUUUCCCCAUUGGAUUUCUUUAGAGCGUUUCCAUGCUAUGAGGUCUUGUCCUGGUACGUAUUAUAUCAUUGUGGUGGAGGAUACAGAGUUAGCAAAGAUUGUGGGCUGUGGAACACUUUUCGUAGAGCAGAAGUUCAUGCAUGAAAUUGCUAUAGUAUGUAUCUUAUUGUUUUUGUAUCCUACAGUUGCAUGAACCUCCAUUAAGCACCACCCUCGGGGUACUGGUAGGUAUAUACAUGUAGGCACUCAAUAGGGAUUGGUCAGAAAUUACCAUAAUCGUUAGCAGAAACAUCUAUUCACUUUAUUUGAAAUAAACAUGACAAGAGCAAUAUAACUUGUAUCUACUAUUAGUUGUCACCUCUAUCUCACACUGUAUUUUCCUUCAUCAUAGUUUUUACAAUGAAGCCAAACUAUAUAGCUAAGUGUAUCAAUACUUUGUGGCCGCUUAAUUAAUAGGGGUGAGAACGAUAGGAGAACUCUCAUCAGGAUGGACAAAAGGUGCUGGCAACUACUUAAUAGAGGUUGGCUGCUUAAUAUUAUUCAUGUUGGUGGUUGCUUAAUAUGGAGGUUCAACUGCCUUAUCAUUCAAUAAUUAUAAUAGAGAAAAUGAAGUUAGGCUGUCUGGCCAAGUGGUUGUGAGGUAGUGGACUGGACUUUCUAUCAGGUGGAUGAAAUUCCAAUACUGCUCUAACCCCUCACUGGAUUUGGUCUUGGAUGUCUAAAUUCAACUAUUCUGCCAUAUAUAUAAAUAACUGCUAUGAAUAAAAAUUCUGUUUUUAUCUCUUAAUGCUCAACAAUCUUCAAGUUGUAAAAAGUGGUGGUGACAAUAAGGAUCCCAACAUGUAGUGAUAUCAUGAGAUCUUUACAGUAUGCCUUAGGAGUAUUUUAUAAUGAUAGCCCACAGUCCAUCCCUGAAUAUUGAUAGGGUGCAUACAACAACAUUCCAGCAAGCUGGACCAGAUUGAUCAAGUCACAAGUCACAUAACAUUUCAAUCCACUGUAAACAAGGCUUCAGAAGAGCCAAAAGCUCAUACAUAGUAAUUUUCUUUCUGCCAGUGUAGUGACAAAAUAUUAUUAACGAAAUCUUUGAAAUUUAGGUGUUUUUUUGUUGUUGUGGUGUUCUGAUUAAGAAAGUGUGGUAUGCUGAAGCCUUUACUGUGUGUUAUUCUCGCAUUAUCUAUUGUUAUUAUUUACAGCGAGGGAGAGUUGAAGACAUUGUCGUUGAUGAGAGCUAUAGAGGGAGAGGACUUGGAAAACUGUGAGUACAGUGAAACCUCUGUUAAUAGACACUAGCUGCAGCUGCACUUGGGGACUUAACCGAGUUAUUUCCAAUUCAUAAAUUAAAGUUAACUCAUUUAAAAAAACUGCGAGUGCGGCUUGGUUUUCUAUAGUCUUAUCCGAGUUCUAAACAGGUUAUGCAAAUCAAGCAAGAACGAUAGAUUUUGUUAACUAGGCUAGGUUUUUUAAACCACCUCAAGAGGUAGUUUAACGCAGGUUAACAUUGUCAAUCAGUCAAUCAUCUCCCUCUUCACAUGAGAAUAGUCCAAAUUUUCACAUUCAUGCAUGCAAGCAAGAAAAUUUUCGAAAUAACUUAACCUAACCCGGUUAACUUGCCAAAUGUAGCCGCAGCCACUUUCCUUAAGUUGUCAUUUCUAACCUUGAAAAGCUGCUGCCAACAUUUUCUAUGACUCUGAGGGCGUCAGUUUUCAAGAGGUUCUUCUUGUUAUACUACUAACUGCAACCUGGUUAGCUCAAUUUGUUAAGCACUGGUCUGUUGAGGGGGAGUUCAUAGAUUCAAAUACUGGUUGGACCAACACUCAUGAUGUUGUUGAUGAUGAUGAUCAUGGUGUUGAUGAUGAUGAGGAAUGCACCCACAUCAUAAAGUACAUUCUCUAAUUUAAUGAAAAAUGCCAAACCAAAAAUUUUCUGUGUUGUCUUUCAGAGUUGUUGAAACCUUGCUGUUACUCAGUGAGAAGUUAGGAUGUUACAAAACCAGCCUUAGGUGUAAAGAUUCUCUGCUUCCUUUUUACACUCAGUUUGGAUUCAAAAAGGAGGAUCAGCAAAACUAUCUUUGUAAAUGGUUUUCUGAUUGA